GUAUCGAUAACUGUGUACACGUAUAUACGUAUAUUAUCGAAACACGUUCGCGAAUAGUGUCGGCAUAAACGUUUCUUGGAGAACGUCUGGCAGGAACGACGUCCGCGUCAGUCUCGUGGCGCAGCUGCUGAGAGCGCCGUUGGCACAACAUCGAUCGCGCACAGUCGGCCAUAACCUCUGUAAUUCCGUUCGUUCCUCACCCUGGCCUCGCGGCGGACCGAAGCUCGAAAAUUGCGCAGGAACAACAAAAUCGGGAUGGAACGAAGCUAGGUGAUAUUUGGUGGAUCGUUGCUCGGAUAUCAUCGACAGGAGGAAGUGGAAACGGUGCGGUUGGGCGCCGUGGUUGUUGUCCACACGAUAAGAAGGCCUUCGAUCGUGUGCAGCCCCUUUCCAAACGGUGUCCAGUUGUCGGUGGAACGCGUCCACGGCUCGACGAUUCGAGAAAAUAAAACGUCGAAGGUACCGAAGUCGAAGAGGGACGUUGAUGGCAGUCGAACUGCAGUGCGGUUGCGGCUUGGAUGCAUCGUAGCGGGUGAUUCCCCUGGGAAGGAAGUGGAAUAAGAGGUCCAGCCUCUUGGAACAGAGGAGCAUGAGUGCUCGUGGCUCGUGGACGCGUGCAACGACGCGUGUUUCUUCUCGAUAGCGGCGACUGCCGCGGACGUCGUCGUCUGACGUCAUUGGUUCCGGCGGGAAAGCCGACAAUAAUUAAAAACGCACACUGGAAACAUGGUGGACAAGGAAGACGUGCUCGUCAACCUCCAUUAUCUACCGAUCUUCCUCUUCGUUUCAUUGCCUUCCGUCUUUAUUUUGACUUAUAUAAUAGCAGUUAUGUUGGGCCACGUGGAAGCCGGGUUUCCUUACAUCUCGGAUACAGCCACUUAUGCGCCAGAAAGCUGUAUAUUCUCCCAAUUUAUCAACAUGUUCGCGAUGCUCAUGUCGUUCGUAGUCUAUAUAAGGUAUUCCCAAGUAAAAGAAUGUUCGAGCACUUUUAGAUUGCAAACGUCCCUACCAAAAUGGAAUCACUGGGCUUUAAUUUUUGGCCUAUUAUCGACCUUUGGCCUAUCGGUCGUUGCGAAUUUUCAAGAGACCUCCGUUCUCGUGGUACACUUUAUCGGUGCUCUGCUCUGCUUCGGUGGUGGUACCGCAUAUUUUUGGACACAGGCUGUGUGCACGUUCUACCUGCAUCCGCUCGGUUGUUCGCUGAGACUCGCUCACAUACGAACGGCAUUGUCAACCUUUUGCACCGUUUGUUUCGUCGUAACUCUGAUCACCGGUGUGCUGGCACGCUUGGCUUAUAAGGGUUGGUUCGUUGCGUUUCCUCUCUCGCGUCCUCCUCAAUUCUUGCAUCUUGAUUAUUUCUCUCUCUCGGUCAUAGGCAGAGGCGCCGGUGGUUACGUCAACCUCCUCUCGCAUUCUCCAGUGAACACCCCGUGUCCCGGUUACAGGUACCGUGAGUCCCGCGAACCCCUAUUGGAGGAGGCCGCGCCGCUGAUCGCGACCACGCCACCAGCCGCGACCUGUGACGUGGAGGGAAGGACGGCCGACGUCCUCUGCCCUGUACAGAUACACGUGCACGACCCCUCGGUGCGCGAGAGACGAAGACAGAUGGACGAGGAGGAGGAGACGGAGAAAUGGGGCGAGAAUCAUCGGUCGAGGAAUUGGAUCGAUCUGGACGAGAACGUGUUGGACGGUUACAUACUGAUAGACGACUCGUGCCUCGAGUCUGGCGUUGUACCGGACGAAACGAAAGAGCUUGCCUAUCCGGAGGGUGGCGUGGAGGUAGACGAAGAGGACGCGGACAGCCACGGUAAAGACGAUUGUUCGAUUUACAGCAUUGCCAAGAGAGGGAUCUCGAGGAGAGGAGCUCGAGAGGAGUUCGAUCUAAGCUCGACCUAUCCGCUCGCCAACAGUCACGGUAACGCUUACAAAGAGUCGAGCAGUCAUACCAGGUACACCGAGUUGUAUUCGGAGUUGGCGGUUAAGAAUUACUUGGAGGGAAGUAAUCGAGAAGAGAUGGGCAAUUAUUCCGUGGCGAACAGCCACGGCGAUCAUAGCGUUUCGUCGGAGAAUAGGGAACGAAGUUUGAGGGAGAAGGCGGAGACCGAUCAAUCGAUGGUUUGGGACACCAGACAGCAUGCCAAUUACGAGGUGGCAAACAGUCAUAGCAAUUACAGAGUGUUCUACGACAGUCAGACGCAGCAGAGAGAAUUGUUGAGGACGACCGGCUGGUCGAUAGAGUCUUGGAGGGAGCAUUUGAUGGCCAAUAAUUACGUGAUGGAAGAUCGGAAGCAGAAAUCGGAGAACACCGGCCAGCUCGUCCGUGACGACGAAUCAACGAAAACUAGUCGCUCGGAGGCGAAAAGCGAUCCUGGCUCCGAACCAGCAUGCGACAUCGAGCAAUGCCUCGUCCAGAUCGAGGAAAGUCUGUUGAACAUUGAGCAGAAUUUGCUUCACGUGCAAGACCUCGACAUACCGGAGUUGAGGAAUCUUUUGUACAAAAGUCCAAGCAUCGAGAAAAGUCUUUACGAGGUUCAAGACCUCCUGUACGCCGACGGUAUCGUCCCUGUGAUUAACAAGAGAAAAUCCUCGACUCUUAUAUCCGAGGACGAAGAGGAAGAGGAUGAAGAGGAAGAGGAGGAAGAGGAGGAGGAGGAGGAAGAGGAGGAAGAGGAGGAGGAGGAGGAGGAGGAGGAGGAGGAGGAGGAAGUUUGGGUAGGUCGUAACAUAACCGUAAAGGAUAACGACAACGAAGACGACGACGCUGCUGCUGCCACCUUCGAUGCCUCGAACGAAGAAUCGUCCGACACGGCUAACAACAUGGACGAGAACAAUCGAUCGGGAUCGGUGGACAAUUGUUCGACCACCGAGUGUAUAAACGGGUCGACGACCAUCUUCCACGAGGACGAACCCGUCGAUCCGAAUUGCAACGAAAAAACCAUGAACUUUAUCCCGAACAGUUUGAACAAAACUUUGCCGAGAAGAAUCAUUCUCGACGGGGCCCUCAAGGAGAAUAUCAGACUUUGCUCCUCGGAACCCGAAGAGUCGACCACCACGGUCGAUUACAAUUUGAACACCACCUGCGCCGAGAAGAAGUUGUUCUGUCGCGACAAGUGUCACAGUAGGACCAACUCUUUGGACGAAAAUUCCACCUUCUCGAAUUUCGACCCGUUCGAUAAACGAGAGACCGGAAACAGCUCGUUGCAAAACUUGUUGCUCGAAUCGACGAACGGGAAUUUCUUCGAUCUCUCCGGGAAGGCGAGGUCGGAGGAAAUGCUACAGACACCGCGGAGCAGAUCUUUCAACGCGAGUAGAAAAAAAUCGAACGAGAAAAAUCGGACGGUGGACGCGAGAAGGGCGGAGGAGGAUUUUCGUAGAAGGCUCGAGCCCGUCGUUUCCUCGAGUCGUCGUUUCGCGUCGAACGAGCAGAGGAGGGGGAAAAUUUCGAAGGAGACGGCCGUGAACGCGCCACGCCCGCGUGAAAAAUCGCCGAGCAGGACGAGGCGCGGCACCAUCUCCGCGGACAAGGUGCAGGAGAAGGACAAGGAGGGUGGGAACAAAGGAGGUACGGACAACAAGAGGAAACGGAAGAAGAUAUCGAGCAGAAGUCAAAGUUCCUCGGAGAACGCGUUAGUGCCUAGCAAAUUGAUCUCUCUUUCGCUGUCCCUUCUUCUCGCGGCUUUAUUGCAAGCGGUCAGGUGUCUCACGGACCUCGUCGAGGACGCGUUCAGAUCUGUCAACUGCGACAGAAGCGGCCUGUUGCAAUAACGCUGUAUCCGCGAACGGUUCUCGUCUGGCACGAGACGAUCCAUUCGUUCAGAACGUGGCAACAUCCAACGAGAUUAUCGCGUAUAGAUGGCACUAACCACACAUACACACAUACACACAUUAUUAUUAUUAUUAUCAUUUUUCAUCGCUACACUCCCACUUCGUUUUCAAAUAUACCUACUGUCUCCCGUCCAAGAUCGGAUUUCUGUCGAGGUGACCGUAAUUUCAAUCAAUUUUUCGGUGUUUAACCAUAUUUUUGAUCGGAUGAGAAAUUUCUGAUCCGAUUCUUUCAACUUUUCUUUCUUCUUCAUGUGAUUAGCGUGCAUCUGAGACUAUAUGAGAUUAGAGAUUUGGCAUUAGCAGCGUCGUUUUCAAGUUUCAAGUUUAAAAAUUGUAGAUGAAUAAUCCAAGUUCUUCGUUCUUCUUUUUUUUUUUUUCGUGGGUAAAAUUGAUUUGUAAUACGGCUUUACGGAUUUUUUUUCUUUUCUUUUCUCCCCGAGUAAGUAAAAAAAUAUGUGCAUUAAUUGUAUACGAGUGAACGAGAGAAAAACGUAUACUUUGAAAAUUCGGUAAUAUCAUUCAUUGAUAAAUAUCAUUACGCGAGAAGGCUUUCAUCUCGGAUUUACGUGAUACGGAAAUUAAUCAGAGUCGAGGAACGUAAAGUAGACGACGUCGUUCUAAAUUAUCGGUCAACGCGAUUCCAUUAGCAACGAGAUGCACGACGGUGAAUAAUCGGUGAAAAGAAAUAAAACCGGGGUAAAUGCGCGUGAUACUUUCACAAACAAUUACCAUAAACGGGAGUAACGAGUUUUUUAAUCUUACCGAACACACAAAAAAAACCAAUUACCGCACGGCUCCGUUCUUUUUUUUUUUUUUUUUUUUUAACCGAGGUCACCUUUUCAGAAGGCGCCUAGCGAAAACUGGUCUCGCGAAACAAGGGGGAGAAACAAGUUGAUCCCAAUCCAAAAGACUUCCGACCACGAGCAACUCUUAUGAUUUGCAACCGUAAACGUCCACAAGCCGCAGCUGUUGUCUGUGAUAAACGCUAUUGCUUACGAUCCACGAUUACGUUUUCACGUUACACGAUACGCUUACAAUACCAAGGCAACAAGUUUAAUCGUAGGGGAGGAGUGUACACUCGUUACUAUACACUACGCUCGUUUAAGGAGAUCGUUUAACAGGGAUCCGUAACGGUGCAAUUUUUCCUUGUAGUUUUAUUCUUUUCUUUUUUUUUUUUUUUCUUAUUCUUUAAUUCAUCGCCAAGAAUUCAUUCAUACAUAUAUAUAUAUAUAUAAGAAAAGAUGCGUGCAACGACGUCGAGACGCGAAUAGUUCGCGUGAAACGAAAGCGUGAGUGGCAUGACGAAGUCAGAGAGAGAGAAACAUUUUUCACGAGCUUCCAAGGAAGAUGUUUUACGAAUCGCUAGACGGGUAUGUGCCAGAAACGACGAUGAUGUAGCGCGCGAAGAAACGAUAGUGCACGAUAAUAAUAAAGAAGAAUAAUAAAGAAGAAGAGUUUCGCAGAUAAGUCUUAUCGAGCAAGUCUUAUGGAGCAAAGUCUUACGGGCUAAGCAUGUUACUAAGUAUUUAGCACCGCGUACGUAACGUUCUAAAGUGCCUAAAAAAAAAAAAAAGAAAAAAAGAAAAAAAAGGAAAAAAAACUCGUCGCGUAUCGCGAGUUGCAGUUACAUAUUUGUCUAAUUGAUUAAAACUUUCGAUCUAACGCUACUUAUAUCUUACUACUACUAUCCCUAUCGUAAGCCUGUUUUUUUGAAGGUGUAACACGUUGCUGGGAGGAAGGAGCCGGGAAAAAAGGA